GGAAGUAAAUGGCUCCAAAAGUGAACGUUCUAAUAGCCCUGCUAGCCCUCCUCCAACCUUUCCGCCGCACACUCCGUGCUUGUGGAAGUUGUCAUGGAGAUAGAACCGUCCCCGGCGUCUGCUCGCUGGGGUGUUGCCAUGGAGAUCCCGGCUCGAGGUCCGCUCACGGCAGUGCUGGAGGAAGAGAGCAGCUCGCGGCUGGGGUCCGAGAAGCGAAUUCAGGACCUUGGAGAGAAGCGGUGCCGAGGACCCCCUUUCAGCCAAGGGAACUACUACAUGCUCAUAGUGAUCGGAGAGAUAGCGACAGACCACCAGCUGCAACGCGCCAGAGACCACUUAGAGCGGGGGAUCCGCUCCUGGGACGUCAGCCUCAAGUCAUGUGACCUGGACCAUCAGCUGCAGCUGUUUGUGACGCGUCACUCCGCACAGUUCUCCGCAGAGGUUAGAGGACAACGGACUCUCCACCACAAAAGUGAUGUCCUAGAGACUGUGGUGUUAGUCAACCCAUCCGAGGAUACGGUUGCUUUAGAGAUCCAGUCUCUUGUCACAGACUCAGCAGGACAUAAGCUCUUGGUCCUGAGUGGGCAGAACUCAGACCACGGUGACCUGCUUCUCCAAAGUGGGGUUUUCACCUAUCAGAGCUUCUCACAAGUCUUUGCUGAUCCUGGGGUCAGUGAUUUGCUGGGCGAAGCGGCCCCCGAGCAGCGGGCCACACUCACUGUGUCCUGCCGAGCGGAGGUGGGUUGGAGCUCCCUGGGUCAGCAGCAGCACUUACGGGAGUUCCUUGAGUACAGACUGAACCCUGAGCCUGUGCUCCCCAAGAUGGAGGGAGUCACAGAGUUCACGGAGUACAUCUCCGAGACGGUAGACGUGCCUUCGCCCUUUGACCUCCUGGAGCCGCCCACAUCUGGAGGCUUCCUGAAACUGUCCAGGCCCUGCUGCUAUGUCUUCCCUGGGGGGAGGGGCGACUCGGCCCUGUUUGCGGUCAAUGGCUUCAACAUCCUAGUGGAUGGAGGCUCUGAAAGGAAAUCAUGCUUCUGGAAGUUGGUCAGACACUUGGACCGCAUCGACUCGAUUUUACUCACUCACAUUGGUGCAGACAAUCUGCCAGGCAUCAACGGGCUUCUUCAAAGGAAAAUAGCAGAGCAGGAGGAGGAACAGUCACAAGGCUCUGCUAGCUACAGCGACUGGAUGAAGAACCUGAUCUCUCCAGAGCUUGGUGUGAUCUUCUUCAAUGUACCCGAGAAGCUACGUAUGCCAGAAUCAAACCUAAAGGUCAAGCGUAGCAUCGAGGAAGCCUCACUCACGUUGCAGUACCUCAACAAACUGGGAAUCAAGCCGGAGCCUCUCUGUAGACUGGUCAGUAACCCUAUUGAGCCUUUAACUCUUUUCCAUAAGAUGGGGGUAGGCAAGUUAGACAUGUAUGUUCUGAACCCCGUCAAGGACAGUAAAGAGAUGCAGUUUCUCAUGCAAAAGUGGGCGGGUAACAGCAAGGCCAAAACUGGCAUUGUGCUCCCCAAUGGAAAAGAGGGAGAAAUAUCCGUACCUUACCUGACGUCAGUUACAGCAUUAGUCGUCUGGCUUCCUGCCAAUCCUGCAGAAAAGAUUGUCAGAGUGCUGUUCCCUGGAAACGCACCACAAAACAAAAUCCUGGAAGGCCUGGAGAAAUUAAAGCACCUUGACUUCUUGCGAUACCCAGUAGCCACACAAAAAGACAUAGCCUCAGGGGCUCCUCCCUCUGUUGUAAAACAGACUAAGCUGAAGCAAAGGACAGACAGCAAAGAGAGUCUCAAAUCAUCUCCCAAGAUGACCACCAAAUCCCCAAAGAAAGAAGCCGACGACGAGGUUUCGGUGACCACAGAGGCAAAGAGUGACUCUGUGAAGGAAGGUAGGAAACUGGUAGAGAAUGAAAAACCCACAAAAAUACUAAAAUCCAAGACUGAUGGACCAGAAAAUAAAAAACUUUUGAAGGAGAAAUCCUUGAAAAAACACUCAAAGGAAAGGGCAUCCAAGAUGGAUGAGAAAAAAGACAAGGAAAAGAAGGAGAUCAAACAUGUCAAGAAGGAUGACGCAGCUAAAAAAGAAGACAAAAAAAAAGACCCCAAAGUUGACAAGAAAAAGGACACGUCCAAACCAGAGUUGAGAAAGAUAACAAAACCUGACCUAAAACCCCUCACACCAGAGGUCAGAAAGACCCUGCACAGGGCAAAAGCGUCAAGUAAACCCAAAACCGACAAAAGCAAAGUCAAAACGGCCAAGGCAGAGCCUGCUGAACCAAAAUCUGAGGAACUAGCAGCAGAUACCAUUCAGCCUGAGCCAUUACAGAAUGGGGCUGGUGAGGGCAUGUCUGCUUCCUCCACUCCAGAGGAUCUUACCAAGCCACCAGAGAGUGCAGUGGAGACACCAGCAGAAGAAAGCAUGACCGAAUCCCCUACCCAGGAGGAGGAGAAAGAACAGGAAACUGUCUCUCAAACUCCAACGGGCACAAAGUCACCUGAGAAGGGAGCAGCCACAGCAAUGGGAUUUGAGACUGAAUCUCAAAGAAAAGAGGACAAAUUAGCACAAGAGCAUAAAGAAGAACUUCAAGCACAGGAUGUGGAUAUCUAUGAGGAUGAGGGAGCUGCCAUUGAGGACGAUGAGGUGGAGGAAAAAGAAGGCCUGAUAGCAGAGAGGAAAAUGGUCGAGGAAGAGGAAGAUAUGGGGAUAGGGGAGGAGGAAGAGGAAGGAGAAGAUAACAGACUAGACAGGAAACAUGAGGUGGAGGAAAUGGAGAAAGCUGAAAAGCCCACAGCUAUGGCUAAAGAGGAAAGCAGAAGGCCUUCAUCCCAGGAGGAGGAAGAGGAAGAUGAAGAUGUUGUUGAAAAGGCCGAGCUGGAAGAGGUAGAAGACUUAGACGUGAUAGCUGAUGAAGAGGUCAAAGACAAACCUGAAGCGGGAGAGAAAGAAACAUCGGCCAAGAACUGGGAAAGCAAAGCAGUCGAACAGACUGCUGGAGCCAAAGAGGAGGAUGAGGAAGAUGAGGAAGGCUACAUCUCAAAUGUUGGAGGCGCUACAGCCGACAUAGUAUCAACAUUGCAAGGAGCCGCUGCUGCCGAGCCCAUCUCCUUCAUUCAAGACGAAACCAUUCCCGGUUACUCCGAAACUGAACAGACCAUCUCGGAUGAGGAGAUUCACGAGGAGGCGGAAGACAGGAUACCACACCUCCAAUACGAAGUGGGUACAUAUGACAUCUCUGUCCCAGAUCAGACAGGCUCCUUGGACACCAUCCACAGGAUGAAGGAGAUGCAAGCAGCAGCUAUGGCUGAUGUAACAGCCAAAGGUUUCAUGAGUGGACAGGAGCAAGUAUCAGUAUUCACUAACAUCAUGUCUGCUCCCUUGGCAGAGGAAGAACUUGUUUCCUCAGCCACAUCCAUCACGGAGUAUGAUAAAUUGUCCUCCUUUCCUACCUCUAUUGCAGAGGACCAAUUGGUUACUCCCGUCACUACACCUCAGACUGAGGAAACGGGCAAAAGCUCACUGGUUAACGAUACUGUUAACAGCGUUCCCCUGGCAAUUCCAACCGAGGCCACACAUGGGAAAGAACACUUCCACUCUGCUGGGACCAUCUCACCAACAUCCUCCUUGGAGGACGACAAGUGCUUAAAGUCACCUCCAUCUGAGGAGUGCCUUCCUGUUGUCUCUGACGCGAAGACUGAGGAUAAGGUCAUCAAGGCUCACGAUGAAGAGGAAGAAGAAGAAGACCAAACUCCUAACGUUGACAUUUCACGUGAAAAACUACAGGAGAGUUUUGCCUCUCCUCAAAUGUUCCAGAAUAGAGAAAGGGAUGUGGAAAAGCUCCCUGCCUCUGAGUCUCAUGUCUCCAAACCUGUUCAGGAUUUGAAGCUGGAUCACCCACCAGUUGAUGAGGAGGUACAGCUCUUUAAGUCCAAAGAAGACAUCUCAACGGCAGUGCCUCCAAAACCCCUUUCACCUCCACCCUCUUUCUCAAAGCCAUUUAGGUCAGACUCCGUUACUUCAGAAGGUGAAGAGCGGUGCUUCAGUCCAGACGAUAGCACUGUGAAAAUGGCCUCUCCCACACAGUCUGGACCUCCCAGUGCAACCCACUCUCCUCUUCAUCAGUCGCCUUUGGAAGAAAAGACCAAGGGCUUCCCAGGACUGGAGCAUCAAACACAGGAGGACGUUCAUGAUUCAGCCACCAAAACAGACGAUGAGGAUGCGAAGAAAGAUCUAGAAGAUAAUAAGGAAAACCUAGAGGCUGCCAUCCAGAAAGAAAGUCAACGUGAGUCAGAUGCACCACCAUCUGGGGAGAAAUCAUUUGAACAAGACUUGGCGGUUACAAAAGUGGAAGAAAAAGAUGGUCUCUCCGCUUCCACAGAUGAGAUCCAACUGAAACAGGAGACAACUCCUCUUCCCUCUGAGUCAGUCACAAGGAAAGAUGACGUUUCCUUAUUAGGAAAGGAAUCUUUACGGGAAGACAUUUCUAGUGGUGAGGCUAUACUCGGACACAGUGACGAGGAAGAUGAUGAUGACCAUCAAGAGAAAGAAUCCAAAGUGUGCAGUAAGGCUAAAUUCCCAAAGGAGAAGGAGAGUAGCUUCUUAGAUGAUGACGACGGUGAGGAUGAUGAUGAAGAUGAUGAUACUUCUGAUGUAAAACCCAUAAAACAGGACAUGAAGGAGAAAGAGACAGAAAAGCAUGACACACACGAGGCUGAAACCACCAAAGAAGGUAAAGAAACAAAGGUUGGUACCACUGAAGCUGAACCCAUCAAGGAAGAUAAGAAAGUAACAGAAAAGGUUGGUGCCACUGAAGCUGAACCCAUCAAGGAAGAUACAGAUUCGAAAGUGAAGGACAAAUGUGAUAUUCAUGAAGUUGAACCCAUCAAGGAAGAUUCCAAUGGGAAAGUGAAAGAAAAAUAUGUCAUACUUGAAGCUGAACCCAUCGAGGAACAGAAGAAAGAAACCGAAAAGGUUGGUACUACUGAAGCUGAAUCCAUCAAGGAAGAUAAGAAAGUUACAGAAAAGGUUGGCGCUACUGAAGCUGAAUCCAUCAAGGAAGAUAAGAAAGUAACAGAAAAGGUUGGUACUACUGAAGCUGAACCCAUCAAGGAAGAUAAGAAAGUAACAGAAAAGGUUGGCGCUACUGAAGCUGAACCCAUCAAGGAAGAUAAGAAAGUAACAGAAAAGGUUGGUGCUACUGAAGCUGAAUCCAUCAAGGAAGAUAAGAAAGUAACAGAAAAGGUUGGUGCUACUGAAGCUGAACCCAUCAAGGAAGAUAAGAAAGUAACAGAAAAGGUUGGCGCUACUGAAGCUGAAUCCAUCAAGGAAGAUAAGAAAGUAACAGAAAAGGUUGGUGCUACUGAAGCUGAAUCCAUCAAGGAAGAUAAGAAAGUAACAGAAAAGGUUGGUACUACUGAAGCUGAACCCAUCAAGGAAGAUAAGAAAGUAACAGAAAAGGUUGGUGCUACUGAAGCUGAACCCAUCAAGGAAGAUAAAGCUACUUGUGGGGCCGAGCUCAUCAAGGAGAAGUGUGAACCUCUGCAAGAAGAGAAACAGAAAGAAAUAGAGACUAUAUUAAAUUCUAAAGAUGAGCUAAGCUCUUGUAUCUCUACCUCUAAAGUGGAGCCAGCCUCAGACUCCACCACAACACAACAAAUAGUACAAGAGAAAGAUACCUUUGUGGCUGAAGCCAUGAAAGAUGAGACGAAAGAAAAGGAUACCUUUGACACUGAACCGAUAAGAGAAGAUAAAAUAGAAAAAGAGCGAGAUACCCUUGUCAGUGAACCGUCGAAAGAAGAUAAAAUAGAAAAAGAGCGAGAUACCCUUGUCAGUGAACUGACGAAAGAAGAGCACAGAGAGAAAGAGAAGGGUGAUACAUGCAUGGCUGAAUCCACCCAGGGCGAGAAUAAAGAAAAUUAUAAUUCUUUUGAGAUUGAAGUCAGUCAGGAAGAGAACAUGCAGAAAGAGAAAGAUGAUACUCAUGUGGCUGAUGUCAGUAAAGAACGGAAGAUGGAAAAUGAGCAAGAGAAAGAAGAUACUAGUGAUUUCGAAGACGUCAAAGAUGAGAAAGAUAGAGAUGAACGUUAUGAAGCUGAACCCAUCGGAGAGGAAAGAGAGAAAGAUAGAGAUGAGCGUUAUGAAGCUGAACCCAUCGGAGAGGAAAGCGAGAAAGAUAGAGAUGAACGUUAUGAAGCUGAACCCAUCAGAGAGGAAAGAGAGAAAGAUAGAGAUGAACGUUAUGAAGCUGAACCCAUCGGAGAGGAAAGCGAGAAAGAUAGAGAUGAACGUUAUGAAGCUGAACCCAUCAAAGGAGAGGAAAGAGAGAAAGAUAGAGAUGAACGUUAUGAAGCUGAACCCAUCAAAGGAGAAGAAAGCGAGAAAGAUAGAGAUGAACGUUAUGAAGCUGAACUCAUCAAAGGAGAAGAAAGCGAGAAAGAUAGAGAUGAACGUUAUGAAGCUGAACCCAUCGGAGAGGAAAGAGAGAAAGAUAGAGAUGAACGUUAUGAAGCUGAACCCAUCAAAGGAGAGGAAAGCGAGAAAGAUAGAGAUGAACGUUAUGAAACUGAACCCAUCGGAGAGGAAAGAGAGAAAGAUAGAGAUGAACGUUAUGUAGCUGAACCCAUCAGAGAGGAAAGAGAGAAAGAUAGAGAUGAACGUUAUGAAGCUGAACCCAUCAAAGGAGAGGAAAGAGAGAAAGAUAGAGAUGAGCGUUAUGAAGCUGAACCCAUCAGAGAGGAAAGAGAGAAAGAUAGAGAUGAGCGUUAUGAAGCUGAACCCAUCGGAGAGGAAAGAGCAAAAGAAAAUGAAACAGCUGACAAAGUCAAAGAUGAGAAGAGCAAGGAAGAGACAGAAAAAUAUGAUUCUCAUGAGAUUGAACCUGCUAAAGAGGAAGAAGAGGAGGUGCAAGAGAAAGAUCUACGAGAGGCCUUACAGCGCACCACACAGACAAGAACGGUAGAGAAACUAGAGGUGACGUCUGCGACAAAGCUUGAGUCUACAUUUCAGGUGCAGUACUCAGAUGGAGAUGAGGAGGAGGAAGAGGAAGAUGAAUCCAUUUGUAUGGCUGGUGCAGGCUCAAGACCUUUAUCAGUGGAACCUAGACAAUCAGAGCACGACAUCAUGUCUCAACAUCUGCUCUCAACUCAGCCAUCAGAGAAUGUGCUUAGUGACCAAACGAAGGACCGCCACUCUGAACAGACCACUGAGCUUGCGUCCUCAUUACCGAAACGGGAGGCCUCUCCUGAUAAAGACAUCAAAGAGCCGCAUAAAGAAGGACAACAUAGACUCUCCCCUGAACUAGAAAAGGACACCAGGACAACUGAGACCACAUCAGGACCCCAUCUCAGCCAAGAGCCCACCAUUGGUUUCCCUACCAUGAAAGAGGAUCCAGUCUCUGCUAUCUCUACCACUAAAAAAGAACCAGUCUCAGACUCCAUCACUAGAGACAGCCAGGCUAUAAGUUCAACACUAUCAAGCACCGAUAGCCAGGCUAUAAGUUUAGCACUAUCAAGCACCGAUAGCCAGGCUAUAAGUUCAACACUAUCAAGCACCGAUAGCCAGGCUAUAAGUUUAGCACUAUCAAGCACCGAUAGCCAGGCUGUAAGUUUAGCACUAUCAAGCACCGAUAGCCAGGCUGUAAGUUUAGCACUAUCAAGCACCGAUAGCCAGGCUGUAAGUUCAGCACUAUCAAGCACCGAUAGCCAGGCUGUAAGUUUAGCACUAUCAAGCACCGAUAGCCAGGCUAUAAGUUUAGCACUAUCAAGCACCGAUAGCCAGGCUGUAAGUUCAACACUAUCAAGCACCGAUAACCAGGCUAUAAGUUCAACACUAUCAAGCACCGAUAGCCAGGCUAUAAGUUCAACACUAUCAAGCGCUGACAGCCAGGCUAAAAGUUCAACACUAUCAAGCUCUGACAGCCAGGCUGUAAGUUCCACUCUCUCGAGCACCGACAGCCAGGCUGUAAGUUCUACUCUCUCGAGCACCGACAGCCAGGCUGUAAGUUCUACUCUCUCGAGCACCGACAGCCAGGCUGUAAGUUCCACUCUCUCGAGCACCGAUAGCCAGGCUGUAAGUUCCACUCUCUCGAGCACCGACAGCCAGGCUGUAAGUUCCACUCUCUCGAGCACCGACAGCCAGGCUGUAAGUUCUACUCUCUCGAGCACCGACAGCCAGGCUGUAAGUUCUACUCUCUCGAGCACCGACAGCCAGGCUGUAAGUUCUACUCUCUCGAGCACCGACAGCCAGGCUGUAAGUUCCACUCUCUCGAGCACCGACAGCCAGGCUGUAAGUUCCACUCUCUCGAGCACCGACAGCCAGGCUGUAAGUUCCACUCUCUCGAGCACCGAUAGCCAGGCUGUAAGUUCCACUCUCUUGAGCACCGACAGCCAGGCUGUAAGUUCCACUCUCUUGAGCACCGACAGCCAGGCUGUAAGUUCCACUCUCUCGAGCACCGAUAGCCAGGCUGUAAGUUCCACUCUCUCAAGCGUUGACAGCCAGGCUGUAAGUUCCACUCUCUCGAGCACCGACAGCCAGGCUGUAAGUUCCACUCUGUCGAGCACCGAUAGCCAGGCUGUAAGUUCUACUCUCUCAAGCGUUGACAGCCAGGCUGUAAGUUCUACUCUCUCAAGCACCGAUAGCCAGGCUGUAAGUUCCACUCUCUCGAGCACCGACAGCCAGGCUGUAAGUUCUACUCUCUCGAGCACCGAUAGCCAGGCUGUAAGUUCCACUCUCUCGAGCACCGAUAGCCAGGCUGUAAGUUCCACUCUCUCGAGCACCGACAGCCAGGCUGUAAGUUACACUCUCUCGAGCACCGACAGCCAGGCUGUAAGUUCCACUCUCUCGAGCACCGAUAGCCAGGCUGUAAGUUCCACUCUCUCGAGCACCGAUAGCCAGGCUGGUGUGGAGGAAUCCCCCCAGCAUGAAACACUGCUGCCUUCUAUGACAACAAGCAAAGAAGCAUCUAAUACGGAUGAAAAGGCGAAGCAUGUUUCUCAAAAAGGAGAGGAGAAACCAGGCAAGGAAGCUGAGAGGGAAUUGGAAACGGAGCGGGAAGUUGCUUCCCCGGGACACACACAACCUUGUUCAUAUUUUCUCUUGGAUAAAGAUUCUGUGAAGUUUCCGGAGGAAGUGGGCCACAUUGAUGCUACAAAAGCAGACAGUGCCUCUGAAAAUGUGGAAGGUUUUGACAAAAUGAGAACAGAGAAGGAGGCGAUCGGUGUGAGCUUGCAAGAAGAAAAUCAGGGCUUUGGCAUGUCUAAGUAUGAACCCUAUGAAAAGCCCAUUUCGAAAGAAGAGGCAUCAGACAAUAAAGAAGACAGUGAGGUUUCUAGAGAGUUUGAUCAGUCAGCACAUAUUGGCAUUGAUGAUAACAGGAGAACUAGGCAGGCAGACGCUGGUGCAGCUGAAUUCGACUCAGAGGACGAGGAAAAAGAGGAACCGCUGUCAUUCAGUAGCGUUGAUUACACUCCCCCACGUUUCACAGAGAGCGAGAGAAGCCCCAGUUGUAGCCCAAGUGCCUUCCCUGAACACAAUGACAAAGAGAAAGGUCAAGAAGAAGAGAGUGAUAGGAAGGAGGGACAUGCUACACCACACGUGGAAAAUAGCUUUGCAUAUUCAGAGACUCAAGACAACAAAACCACCCCAGCAGAGCCAUGCUCAUUACCUUUCAAUCUCAAAGAAGAUAAACCUGAAAAAGUUGAGAAAGAUGAAAUGAAGGACGAUGCCUGGUCGGCCCCUCAAACAUCUACAGGAGAGAUGGACAAGACUGGAGCAUCUCCUAGUAUAGAGGAGUAUCUGCCAGUCCAGUCAGGCAGAAAGGAAACAGCCUCUCUGUCAUGGGGCCAAUCCAACCUUGGUGCCCAAGCCUCAGCUACUGCCAUGCUUUUUGAAGACAUCCCUGAGAAGCAGACAACAGAGAAGGAAAAAGAUGAGCCAGUGAAAGACAAGUUGGAUUCAUCUGAUAGUGAGCGAGGAGACUCUCCCUCUGGUCGCUACUCACCAGCGGAGAAAGACAUGUUACCUCGUCAAGUUUCACCUAAGGAAAAGGAAAAUCAGGCUACUGCUGCCCCCCUGGCCGCGUACUCAGGACAUCUCAUAGACGAUAAUGUUCUUGCAUCUGAGUACACUCAAAUUGGCAGCUCUAUCACCAGUAAAUCUACAAUGGGCUAUUCUGAGAGAGAAGACACUCCGGACAGUGUAUAUAAGAGGCUACUGGUGGUGGGAGAGGAUUAUGAUGAUGAUGAUGAUGACGACGAUGAUGAUGAUGAUGAUGAUGAUGAUGAUGGUGCAGAUGCGGAGGAGGAAGAAGAAGAAGCCAGUGAUCUAGAUGUGGAGAAGGGUGCAAGAGAGCAGUCUGAAAAAGAAAUCUGUAAAACGACAUCGGAUGAUACCACACCUUCUAACCUUCUUGUUACAGAAGAAGAGGACAAGAAGGCCCUCUCACCCGAACCCAACCUCCUCAAAAAGGAGGAACCUACCCAUUCAAUGACCACAAUCUGCCCUCCGCUGGUAGAUACUGCAGAUUCCCUUUUGAAUAAUGUAGUUGGUGCCUCGCCACUCCAGUCUGGCAGUUCCACUGCAAUAGAACAAACAGGAUCUGGAGGAUAUCCUUCUGAAUCCUCAGAGUUUUCUGAGGACAGCCAGCUGGGGUUAAAGGAGGAGAGGUUUGACAGUCCUGACCUAUCUCUGCCCACCAAGUCUAGUGAAGAUAAACAUUACAGUCAGGGAGACAUUGAAGCUGAGAGGCAGAGAAGCCCAGAUACCGCUAGUCGAAAACCAGAGGAAGCUCCGUCGUCUUACCUCCCAUCUGCCUCAGCUUCUCUAUCAACCAGCCACCAGUUACGAGAGGAGGUAGAGAGUCCCGUCACAGUGUCUAGUGCCCCCUACAGGACAGAUUCUGAGGUUGCUUCCUUUGAGUAUUCUUCAUUCAAAGAUGAAGAAUCCUCAGUCAAGCACUCAAUCCUCUCAACCUCAAGGGUAAUACUAAAAGAGGAGUACCUAGAAGCCUCUGAAAAGCUUACCUCAACAACUACAACUACAUUCAGUCUGACACAAGUCUCUCCAGUCUUACCUACUCCAGCCAAAGACACUAUUCAACAAGACACAUCAUCAAGCCAUAAAAUGGACAAGGGUCAGACCUCUGAUACCUUUCAUAAACUUGAGGGCAUUGUUGAAACCAAAACCAUGUCUGCUGGGGCUUCAGAACCAUUAAGUUCCCAGCUGUCCAAACCCGCUGAAACCAUAUCCACUUCAAGGGCUCUCUUUGAUGUUUCCCCUUUGCAAAGAGCUGACUCUCCUGACAGAGAAUCCCAGGGCUCACUGGACAGCAAAGAGUCCUACACUCUUCCAUGCCGCAUUGAAUGCCAGAAAUCUUCAGUGACAGAGCAAAAAGAAGGCAUGCUGUCCAUAACUGAGACACACAUGGUCACCAUCGUCUCCAGUACAACCACAACAGUGACCCAAUCUGAUGUGGUGACAAAACCACAGGAGUCAACUGAAGCCUCUUCCAAUGGGCCUACUGAGGUUCGCACAAGUGCCCAAGAAGUCUUCAGUGAAGCAAGCAAAGCCUCUUGUGCCACAAUGUCAGAUCUACCUAAAUCUGAUCUGCUUAAAUCUGAUCAGAAAAAGGAGGAAGAAGAAGAAGAAGAGACAAAGAAAGAGAAAGAUAAGAUGGAAAUGAAAGUGGAGGAGAAGAAAGAGAGCAAAGUAGAGACCCUAAAGGAGGACAAGGAAAUGCCAGAGCAAAAGGAUAAGGAGGAGAAGAAAGAGAUGGCUGGAGAGAAGGAAAAGGUAGAGGAAAAGCAAUUGGAGGAGGAAGACGGGAAGGAGGAGGAGAAGAAAGACCAGACUGAUGAGGAGAGUGAAAAGGAGAAGGAGAGGAAAGAGGGAGAGAAAGAGAAAGUAGAGGAUAAAAAAGCAGAGAAACCGGAAGAGAAGAUGUCCGAAAGGAGAAGGAGUAGCUUAUCUGACUGGGAACUCCUACAAGGGCCGGGCGCAUGCCCAAGCGCCCCUCCAGGCUAUGAAGAUGACAGGGAAGAGGAGGAGGAAGAGUAUGAAACGGAAGAAGCAGAAGAAGCAGAGGAACAAUAUGGAGAAGAAGAAUGCGUAGCUCCAGGCCAGCCCACCCCUCUGUCCACAGCAGAACAUGCCCACCAUACAAAGGCCUCUGCCAAAACAGAUGGAGUAUCCAGUCGUCCCACUGACCUGCAUAUGGAGGCUACCUCCUCGUCCCCCCCUAGCUACUCCUCAUGUGAAUACACACACCGCAAAGGAGAAAUCUCCCCAUCCUUCAUCAACCCCAGUCCACACGCCCUCUCCAGCGAUGAUGGCGAAGAGGACAAAGGGAGCGACCACUCUCUUGAGGGGGAUGAAGACGACCGCGAGCAACACUCGGUCAAGAGGAGGUCUCACAAGCAGAAGCGACAUCUCACUCAAUGUGGAGCUACUGAAGCAGGGGAGGGGUCGCAACCAGUUUCCAUGCCUCCUGGUGGCAUGGCAACUGGACUCGGGGUGGUGCUAGCUGGAGAGGAGACGCCCCCCACAUCAGUGAGCGACUCAUUAGCUUCGCAGUCUGACUCAGACGUACCUCCAGAGACCGAGGAGUGCCCAUCGAUUACAGCAGAGGGAAACCUGGACUCAGACGAAGAUGCAGAACACCUGCCGGUGGACAAACUAUCUGCAUCUGCCACCGGAGGGGGCCAUCAACCCCCCUCGCCCAGAUCAGCUGCGAAGGCCCACGACCCCCUACCUGCCCCUAUGAAGGACCCCCUCCCACACCCGCCACACCCUGACGUGUGCAUGGUGGACCCAGAGGCCCUCUCUAAUGACCAGAGCAGCACGGAGAAACUUCUCAAGAAGGAUCACAAGACAACCAAGAGCCUGCGGAAGGGCCUGGGCAAACCUAAGUCUGCGUCCCCAGCCCGGAAGGGGAAGAGGUCCACCACCCCUGUGAAGCAGACCUCCAAGGACUCCUCGCCUCGAUCGGCCUCUCUGAGAAGGAGGGACACGGAAAGGAGCGCCAGGCUGACGCAGAAGUCCGAGGGCCUGGGAUCCAAGGGGGACCUACACGCUCCAGGGAAAGGCCUGGUGAACGGUGUCAAGAGCAAUUUGGGUACCAACUCCCAGAAAUCGAGUUCAGCCGUCCCCCCUGGGCCUCCAAUCUAUGUGGACCUGGCCUACGUGCCCAACCACUGCAGUGCCAAGAAUGUGGACCAGGAGUUCUUCAAGCGGGUGCGUGCUGCGUACUACGUGGUGAGCGGCAACGACCCGGCCGGUGGAGAGCCUAGUCGUGGUGUCCUGGAUGCCCUUUUGGAGGGCAAGGCCACAUGGGGCUCCAAUCUACAGGUGACUCUGAUCCCUACUCAUGACACGGAGGUGACACGGGACUGGUACCAGCAGACGCACGAGAAACAGCAGGACCUGAACAUCAUGGUCUUGGCCAGUAGCAGCACAGUGGUCAUGCAGGAUGAGUCCUUCCCUGCCUGCAAGAUUGAGUUCUAAGUUCUGCACCCGUUGCUAUUUUACCUUCCUCUUCCUCCUCCCCUCAUCUGUGCUACUUUUUUUCCUCCCAUAUGUAAGACUCUAUUGCAUUUGCUGUCGUCUUCGGCAUGUGCACUGGCUUCCAACUGGUCAAUGUUACCUGAUAACAGCCAGCUACGAUAUGUCAGGCAGAAACAUAGCUAAAGUACAGGGUACAUGGUAGCUGUACAAAGGUGUGAUGUAUAUUUCUUUCAAUUAUGCUUUCCAUUUAAACAACAUACUUGCACGAUAAAAACACCUCUUUAUUAGAUUCGGUCUUAAACAAUAUUGUUUUUUUCCCCUUCACAUAUAACCUCUCCAACGUGCACAUAUUGUGAUCACGCACAUCAUCUGUGAUGAGGAUAAUUCUCAAAAGUUAAUUCAGCUUUCAAAUCACUGUACUGCACCUCAAAUCCACAUCUAAAUGGACAACACUUUCCAACUAAAAGUGCUAUCUUUACAAUGUAUCGAUUUGUCUCGCGUUGUUGGGGCAUCUAGUGCCUAAUGCUCCAUUAAGAUUGUCCACAGUUAUGUCACAUUCAACAUGUGAUGUUUCAACACUCUUACUUAUUGUCUUAAACUCAACAGAGAAAUACAAAAUGAAAAUAAAAUGUAUAAAUUGCUUAUCCAAAGGGCCAAAGUAAGUGCCAAAACAGUCUUGAGGUAAGACAGUGGCUGUGUCCCAAAUCUGGCUUGCCUACUACUUCCCUAAACAGUAUACUGCGUACUAAUUGAACUACAUACUACAAUGUACUUAGUAAGAAAAAUGUAUGCAGCAAGCAACAAAUAUCAACAUAAUGAGAAGGCAUCAAACGUGUUGUCGCACUUGUUCCCCCGUCAUUUGUUAAUUUUUUUUAUAAAGCACAUCUGAUUAUCAGCUGGUGUCGAACCAGCGCGGGUGUGAAAAAAAGAACCGAUUCACUUCCUCAAUAGUGUGUAGUAAAUUCUACCAAACGAACAGCCUAAAUAAGUAUGACAUCUAGGCAUUUCAUGAAUACUCGAUUAUCGAAAUUUCACAUACUCAAACGGCCUACUAUUUAGGAUGCAAGUAUGGAUAUUCGGACACGGGCAGUUGUUAACGCUCUGCAAAAUAAGUCGAAAACUGUUACGAGAUGAACAGUUACUUGAUCUCGCUUGUACGCAGACUACGCACAAUAUUGUAUAAUGGUAGUAGCUCAGUAAGUAUCCUAAAUUGAGGCUUUGUUUUCAAUAUAUAAGACAAUAUUCCUGUUAGGAGAUAUUACGUAAGAUGCAGCUCUAGAUGCUGUGCCAUUUGACUUUCUCAGUACUCUUUAACUACGUCAACUGGUGUUACAGAGGACUAUUACCACAUCGCUUGUCGUGAAGCUUUAGGAGGGGCCUGAAAGUGCUACUUUCAGUUUAAAUAACUAGCUACCUUUUUAUGAAUUAUUUUUCCUCAGUAGCUGAAGCAUGAUUCUUGCAUUUAGCUCAGACUCCUUCCUUGAGGAGGUAGAGUUUUUUUUUUUACCGUGUGUCUAGUCCUUGCAGUCUCCAAGUAGGGAGUAGCCUAUAAACAUGUUCCAAUACCUUACCGUUUGGCUGUGUGUUUGCUAAAAUGAACAUUACACUGUAGGCACCGGGCAAAGAGAUGGUUCUCUUGUAUUUGCUAUAUUUGUGCUGGAUAUAAUGGUUCUUUAUCAAUAUAUGAAGCAGUGGAGGCUGCUGAGGGGAGGGACGGCUCAUAAUAAUGGUCGGAACAGAGCGAAUGGAAUGGCAUCAAACACCUGGAAACAAUGGAAACCAUGGAAACAAUGUGUUUGAUGUAUUCGAUAACAUUCCACUGAUUCCGCUCCAGUCGUUACCACGAGCCAGUCGUCCUGUGAUCUGAAGCCAUUAUCAUGGUCUUUGUUGGUAUGUUGAUAUGUUGAUACAUGGAGAGAUUGUGUUAUAACACAUUAGAGAAGGAUGUUUAAAUGAAUGCAGCUGACUGGUUGAGACAGAGGCAACCGAGAUGAAUGUAUUACGUUUGAUGUUUUCUCCCGUUUUCAGUUCAAUUAUACUGUCUGUAUGAAACUAUUUAAUGAAUUGAUGGAAACUGCAUCGAUUUUCCAUGGCGAAUUUAGCCAUUAGAGUCUACUCCGUCCCACUAAGACAGGAUUGUGUGGAGGUUGUGUGAGUGUUCUUGUGGGGGGGGGGAACAUGACUGCGGUGGUAGACAAUCGCUCUCAUGUGCCUUCUGGUUGGGGUAUAUCGGUCAAGUGAGAAGGGUUACUUUUAUAGUAGGCAUUGUGGAGAGGGGAACCUGGAUCCAGGGAUAACAGAAGGAACUGUGGAGAGGGGGACCUGGAUCCAGGGAUAACACAAGGAACUGUAGAGAGGGGAACCUGGAUCCAGGGAUAACACAAGGAACUGUGGAGAGGGGGACCUGGUUCCAGGGAUAACACAAGGAACUGUAGAGAGGGGAACCUGGAUCCAGGGAUAAUACAAGGAACUGUAGUGAGGGGAACCUGGAUUCAGGGAUAACACAAGGAACUGUAGAGAGGGGAACCUGGAUUCAGGGAUAACACAAGGAACUGUGGAGAGGGGAACCUGGAUCCAGGGAUAGCACAAGGAACUGUAGAGAGGGGAACCUGGAUUCAGGGAUAACACAAGGAACUGUGGAGAGGGGAACCUGGAUCCAGGGAUAACACAAGGAACUGUGGAGAGGGGAACCUGGAUCCAGGGAUAACACAAGGAACUGUAGAGAGGGGAACCUGGAUCCAGGGAUAACACAAGAAACUGUGGAGAGGGGAACCUGGAUCCAGGGAUAACACAAGGAACUGUGGAGAGGGGAACCUGGAUCCAGGGAUAUCACAAGAAACUGUAGAGAGGGGAACCUGGAUCCAGGGAUAACACAAGGAACAGUGGAGAGGGGGACCUGGAUCCAGGGAUAACACAAGGAACUGUGGAGAGGGGAACCUGGAUCCAGGGAUAACACAAGGAACUGUAGAGAGGGGAACACAUUAUAAUAUCAAACAAAUCCAUAGUUGUUGUCCAGGAAUAGUGCAUCUAGUCCAUGUGGAUGGAUGCUGUAUCCUGUAUACACACAGUUGGUAGGUGAAAAGGUCAUUAGCCAGCACAUUUAGCCAGCACAUUUUAGAUUCAGUUUCUUAUCGGUUUAUUGCUGGUUAGCAUUUGUCCCCUAUCUUAAAGUGCCGCCCAGAAAAUGCAUCAGACAAUAACGUGGUCAAAGAGCAAGAAUGCACUUUUCAAAGGGGAGAAGAGGAGCUAAGGAGUGGGGCUGUGGUUCUAGUGAGAGAAUCACACAUGUUAUUUACGUUUUUAUUCAGUGUUCUUUACCAUAACGUGGACUAUGGUAGCCUUUGAUUUUAGAAUAGGUGGCUAGAGCAAACGCUCCAUACUGUAUGUGAAGACGUUCCAACAAUAACGCAAGGUAGAUAUUUAUCUAAUAACAUUUUUAAAAAGUAAACUUUUCAACCCUAAGAUCAUAUUUAUGAAACGAACAUGAAUGUGAUGUUGUCGAUUGUAGUGGAUAGAGAUGUGGCACGUGUACCACAGGUCUUACGAGUAGAAUGACGUUUUGUGUUGUAGUACGUGCUUGAGUGACACACACACACAGAGAGACGGGGACAACAGUGUGUGUCUUAAAAGUGAGCGUUUGCGGUGGGUAAUCAGAGGUGGAGAUACUUACUAUGUCGCACUGCUCAUCGGAACUCAUUACAAAACGUGAUUCAGAUUUGCAUUCAAUUCCAUAGAGAUUAUAGUCACUUUUUGAUUGUUUUGCGUUUUAUUGUACUUUUCUGGUAGUUAUUUUGUAGUUUUAUUAGUUAAAUUAAUUCAUGAAUAAAUUAUCAGUAUUAGAAUUUUUUUUAUUUUAUUGAUUUGAAUUGUUUUUCAAUAUUUCAGUUACAUGUAGAACUAACAAUUAUGAUUGUCUCUUUUGUUUACAUUUCUUAGACUGUAUUUUUGAAAAGACUGGCUAAAAAUGUAUUUUAUAAUAAGCGUCUGAUUUUCAGCAUUCCUUUUUGCUUUUAGUGAUUCUUAAAUGUAAGGUGUUUCUGUCUAGAGCUGCUGUGUUGUGUGUUUGGGGCUCCUGGCUUGAGGCCAGAGAGAGUGGACUGGGUGGGGCAGACAGAGGUUGCUGGAGAGUCUGUCUAUGACUCAUAGUCUGCAGACGGACAGACAUCCUUUACAUCGAACUGCAAGAGGAACAUUCUCUCCCUCUAUUGGAUCCAGAACCUAACGGAGUCUCCUCUUAGGCUAAACCCAUAAAGCCACAGUCUGUAGCCAUCUUGCACUAGCCUGAGAAAAGUGCCAUCUUUGUCUGUUUUUUGUUUCUGAACUUACUCAAAUGUACGCUGCUAUAAUAGGCUGCAGGACAGCUUCCCCCAGGUCUGUUCCUAGCCCGGCCCACUCUCUGACUAGCAACGCGGCAGAGCCAGCCGGACUCGCGGCUCCGGCUGAAUGGUUUCUUUCAGUAUUAUUGAGAUACUCAAUUUUGUUAGCUUUAGAGUCAGUAUGCUUGUCAUGUUGAUUAAUAGGAAGGUCAGAAAAGCUGCUACGCUGAGUGAGAGCAUCUCUAUCCCCCGGAGGAUAGAGAUGGAGGAUGUUUAUCAAAUAGCUGUGUAUGAGCAACUACAUUUCCCGGUAUAGAGGGACCACACUAAGCCUACGACAGGUUGUCAGUGAAAGUAUAAAUACAUGGCUUUGGAUAUAUUACAAUGUUGUCACGAACUACUGUUUCUAAACUGAUCAUAUCAAUCUAAGUCUCUCUACCCCUUUUUGGCACUCUAUGACAGGUACAGAUCUAGUACAGGGAAGGUAAGGGGGAAAUCUGAACCAGGCUCAAGAUUGGCUGUUUAACAUAUACUGUCUAUGACAUGGGUUUUUUGAAUGGGCUGAUAUGGUGUAUUGUCCUUAAGUCUGACUUAAGUCUGAGUUUUGUUUUAAGUUGUGGCGGAGCAUCUUGGUGGUUCGAUUCCAAAUACCCAGCCUUAGGAUCAAGCACCCUGGGGCCUUGGCAGAUGGCUGUGAAAAAUAUAUACAAAAUAUGACUUUGCAGAAUGCACUAAACCUGAAAUAAUACUAUUGGUACAGUUGGUACUGUACUGUAUGCUGCUGGACAAAAAACCCAGAAGAAAACAGAAUUGUACGCAAAUAUCUAAGAGAUAUAUCAGUGGAGGAAAGCCUAAGGAAGAGACAGACUACUGUAAUUCAGAUUUAAUUUCUAGAACAAUGAUUGUAACUCAAAACAGAUAGUACAGUUUAUUCAUAUUGCAGUGGCUGUUGUUUCAUUUGCGGUUCUGUCCCAAGAGGAGAAAACUGUCAUUUAUGACAACACAAAGACUCGGUGUCCCACACAAACAGAAACAUACUUACAAUAACACAGAAACUAACUGCAGCUGAAACUUUUCCUGAAUAUGACUUGAAAACACAUUGGAGACAGAAGAAAACAACAAAUGAGUCAAAUGAAAGAUGCAUGUACAUGUAUGUACUGUACACAACUAUGUAUAUACACCUUAAAACAAAAUCUCAAUAGAUAUGUUAUGAAACAUAUGAUGCUACUUGGUAUUUUAGCAGAUUUUAAUCAAGUGUAUGAUCAAAACAUCCCAAGCCUUGAACAAAGAAACAUAGCCAAUGCUAACUAGGUAGCUAACAGAUGAAAAAUAAACGUCUUUCAGUUUCAUUUCCAUUCUCCCAACUUUCUCAUCAUAAAAAGAUUUGAACUCUUUUGAACAUAUAUCAUUGUCCCAUCUUAUCUCUCUGCAUGUGAACUAUUUGGUUAUAAUCCUGAAUGUAAUUGUUUAUUAACAUGAAAAUGAAAACAGGAAAUGCUCUUUUAAAAUGGUAUAUUUGAAUCAGCUGAUUGUUUAACUGGUUCUGGGAUGGCAUAUAUUAUUACCGUGCUGUGCUUGACUGUUUUACCCUAAGAUGUUGUUAUAAUAAAACAUGUUGUAGUUCUUCGGUCUUUGUCGCUGUAUUAAUCUUAGUUCUGUUACUAUCUUCAGUGCAAUUGUAGAAAAUUGUCUCUCUCUCUCUCUCUCUCGCUCUUUAAAUCUAAAAUGCAAAACUACAACUAGGCCUACCGCAGAUUAAUUGUAAAAGGGAAACAGCCUGGUGAUCACCAAUAAAAAUGCAUUUAUUGAAAUCAGA